AUGCUGCGCAAAGUAGCGGAGGCUGUUAAGAGUAUGCCUCGUCAGAAGGGCAUUGCAGCUCGAGAUCCAAUUGCAAGCCUCGUCAAUCUCGACAAGGAGGGAAUAAAAACUGCAGAAAUGUUCUCAGUCGUCAUACCAGGUAGACCAUGCCUGACAGACAUCACCGCCGUAGACGCACAACCAGGCGUCCAACCCACAAAGUUUGCAUUCAUAUUCCCCGCCGCACCGAAAUUCAACCAUAUCGUCAUCUUCUUCCUCCCUGGCACCGUACUACCACCGGACACUGCAGCGGCGAUUUACCUUCAGACACCGACAUCAAAACAGACGCCCAAUGGGUCCGAGUUCCGAUUUUUGGGCGCAAUUGGGAAUGAGAAGCCAUCCGCUAUAUUUAAAGUUGGAUCUGGGACACAACAGACACAGACAGGAAUAGAUGAUGAGAUGGUAGAUGAUGGCAACGAUAUAAUAAACGGUCAGGUCACACUAGGAAUAUCGAUAGAACCCGCACAGAAUGUGGCGGCACAAAUGGCAGCAUUAAAUGCGUCGCGAGGGACACAGCAACCGUCCACAGAUCUCGUCCGGCUGCCUCCACAACAAAAGCAAAUAACGACAAAGAUAUUAGCGCAAAGGGUUAUUGGCAAUGCAUUUAACUUUUUGGCCAGCUUUGCAGAAUCGGACCCCAAUAGAAAAGGAGAAGAUGUUGUUCCUUUGAAGAGCUUUCGGGACUGGUGGACGAAAUUUGAGCGUCGGAUUGAUAUGGACCCCUCUUUCUUAGAGCGUGAAGAUCCGAAUCAAUAA